UGAUUUUAUGCGUGAAACGUAUUAUAGUUGUAAGAGCAUACAGAUUAAUUAUGGGGAAUGUUUGAAAUUCCUGCUAAUAUGUUCUUGGAAGCCAUAGUAUUGAUCGUAAAAUUCGUAUGCAACAUUUUGAUCUCUUUUGAUUCAUCGUGUUUAUGCUUAAUAUUCCAUGGCAUUAAAUAUAUGAUUAAUUGGAAACUCAUGUAAACUUGGGGUACAAUAUGGUGAAAGUAGCUGGUAUCAAAAUGAGAUGUAUUAGAAUCUCUUCUGGUUUAAUUUAGGGAAUGAUCGAUUAGAGGUGUAUGGCUUGGGAGCUUACGUGAAGUCGUUUGGUUUCAUUUUUCAGUGGGUACUUUUAAAUUGCUUAAGAUGGAUGAUUAUUAUGGGUAAAUUGUAAUUCAGACGCUCUUCAUUUCUGAGCAAUCUGAAACAUUGGCUUAGAUUUCUUGAUGCCUUAGUUUUGACAUUAUGAUUCCUGAGUUUAAAGACAUGAGAACACUAUGCAAAUAUACAUGGGAUCUUUUGUGCUGAGUGAUUAAGAGGUUCUGUUUAGAAUUAGUGUUUAAUGAAAAAAACAAAUUAAUUUACGCUAGAAGAUAAUUGCGUGUUCCAGACCUUGGAGUCUACAUUUGAUCCAUCAUAGCAUCCGUGCAGGUUCGUUUUAAUUUUCAACGUGUGCAUUUGGUUGUUAUGUAUGCAUUCACAUGUGAAUAGUGAUAUUGGAAGGCUAACGAAUAAUGGCCAGGCUUUAUAUGAACAUUACACAUUUGAUAAGUUUUGAAGGAAUAUUUCUAUGGAUUUAGUGUCAACUUCUUAAAAAUACCCGUUAUCGUUUUAAAGUUAAGUUCCACGUAGAAAAAGAACUGCUGCCAAGACUAGUUAUUGAACUCCAUCAAUAUCUUUUGAAGCUGUUAAUACCCUCUUUGUAUAAUGAACUUAUUCUCUUACCUUCUGUUUGUAAUCUAUGUUUAGAAUAAUUAUCAUUUUGUUGAUUCAUAUUUCUUAUUGGCUGAAUGGAUCUAAUUUCUUUUUGUGUGUGUGUUCAAACCAUUCAAUCUUUUGUACGCUAUUAUAGGGUAGGAAAUAUGGCAUCAAAGUUGCGCAUGUUACAAUCAAAGGCGGCUGAAGCCUCAAAGUUUUUGUCCAAGCAUGGAUGCACCUAUUACAAGCAGACACUAGAGAAGAACAAGAAAUACAUUCAGGAUCCACCGACUAUAGAAAAAUGUCAGCAGUUGUCAAAUCAGCUACUUUACACCCGGCUUGCCAGCAUUCCCAGUCGCUAUGAUGCAUUCUGGAAGGAGCUUGAUCAAUUGAAGCAACUAAUAAAGACGAGACAGGAUCUUAAAACUGAAGAUCUAGGGAUUGCCGCUCUUUUUGGGCUCGAGUGUUUUGCUUGGUAUUGUGCUGGCGAGAUUGCAGGCCGAGGAUUUACCAUCACUAGUUACUAUGUUUAACUCUUGCUAUCAAGGUUAGUUUCUUGCCUAGCAUUUACAGAUAAUAAGAUAGUCCACUUAGCAAUGUAGUUCUUAGUCAAUGGAUGGAAUAUACCUAACUACGUUUGUCAAGAACACACCGGUCAGAACCACUUUCCGAAUAAUUUGAAAACUUUGUUUUCGUUGCCUGUGUAUGUGUGUGUACAUGUGAACGAGGGUGCUCUAAUGAACCGGAAAGAUUUCCUUUCUGAAGAAUUUGGGUUGUUUUAUG